AUGGCGCGUAAGAAGAAGGGUAAGACGAAGGGGAAGUCCUCCAAAGCUAUCCGCUCUGCACCUGCAGCAGCGGUUCCAUCCUCCUCCUCGCCGCCAGAAACCACGUCAACCUCAACUGCGCCGCAAACCGGAAUCCCGUUCUUCGACAAGUUUCCCCCGGAGGUUCGCAUUCUCAUCUACGAGUUGGCGUACACUGACGAAGAGCCGCUGAAAGUGAAGCCGAAGCGUAACACCCGCACUACGCGUCGCGACAUCGCACCCGAGAAGACCAGCGCGCAGAUGUGCAUCCUCAACCGCUUGAUGGUGUCCAAGACAUGGUUCAACGAAGCCGUCAAGAUCUUCGCAAGCUGCACCACCUUCGUGUUCCUCAAAUUCGACGUGAUGAUUCAAAUCAUCAUCGGCCUUCCCCCCUACUUCCACAACAACAUCACCAAGCUCGAGUGGAGAAGCAACCAUUGCUCCGCUUACAUUAAGACCAACAUGGCCGAUAUGGAGAUGUUCUCGAGGGCGUUGCCAAGAUUGAAGUCCAUGGGCGUUCACCGCUCCCUGGACCUCCAAUACCGCCGUCGGUGGAGCCCAAGUUGGCCCGUUGCCGAUGUUCAGGAUUUCGAAUACGCAGCUCGGCGCCAGAAGUGGUGUCCAUUACUUCGCACUCUGAGGGGGUUGAAGGAAUUUCACUUUCUUCGCCUGGACUACAGCUUUCGCUUUGGGAUCAAAGGUCAGAACGAGGUCGCUUGGGAGGCGUGGAUGGCGGCGGAGGUGACGAAGCCAAAGGGAACUUGA